CACAUUAAUCAUUUUUCCUUUCUUUUUCAAAGUCAAAAAGACAUCAACUAUAAGCAUCUUCUUCACUCUCCCUCCCACAUUGUUGGCUCCAUACUCCACGGCCACUGGCCACUCCACUUAUUACACCGCUCCUCUCUUUCACUCUUUCUGUUUAUAUACUAUCACUCUUCGAAAAAUACAAACCUCAUAAAACAGACAUUACUGUAAUGUAAACAAUAGAUUUUUUCUCUUUCUUUCAAGCAUGACUUCUAAAAUUGCAAAUGGUUACGCCAUUAACAACAACAACAACAACAACAACACACAAAGCUCGCCGCCGACAUCGCCAAAAAACCGGCAAAGUUCCCGGAGGAGGCUACGCAGGCGAGGAAGCUUCCGUCGGAGGCACUUGCUGCUGGUUGUGCCGCUUCUCUACUUCUCGGGACUGAUCAGCUGCGUGCGGCCACUCUUUUCCCUGCUGCAACCACCUGCAGGUGCUGUAUAUCGUAGCCAUGAGAUUUUUCAGAAGCUUUGGACUGACAUUCAAGCUGAUAACUCUUCCUCUAUUCAGCUGUCUUCUGUCUGGAUAUACAAAAGGAAGUUAAAAGAGCAAAGACACUGUUCCACUGGAAAUACUGCCUCAACUAAAGGUUCUCCUGGAGCCAAUCUUUACUUAAUUGUUGAUGCCAAUGGUGGCCUCAAUCAGCAGCGAUCAUCGAUAUGCAAUGCAGUGGUCAUUGCUGCGCUAUUGAAUGCAACACUGCUUAUUCCUCGUCUGGAGUUUCAUAAUGUCUGGAGGGAUUCAAGUGGAUUUGCUGAUAUUUAUGAUGAGGACCAUUUCAUAUCCACCCUUAAAGAUUAUCUUACAGUGGUUAAAGAACUGCCAGCAGAACUGAUGGAGAAAUAUGAUUCCAAUAUCAGCAAUAUUCGGAAUUUGCGAGUCCAAGCUUGGGCACCUCCAAGCUAUUACCUGGAAGAGGUUUAUCCUGUCUUGCUCAAGCGGAG